UCACUAAGUUUGCUCUUCGAAUGGGUUUCAAGGAAGAAAACCUCUCUACUACAUUUUCUCAUAAUAUGUUCUUAGAAUGGCGGAACAACAGUUGUCAGCCGAAUUUCUGGAGGAAUGUGGUGCCUGAUCCGACUAAAACGUGUGGCCCUUAUCACCCAAAAAAUCACAGUCAUUCAUCGUCAAACAGCUAUGUUACAUCGAUAGACAGUAACGGUUGGGUUCAUCGUUAUAGAUUUCAUCAUGAUACAAUAGGAAUGGUUGUGGUGGACAGUGCCGGAAGUAUUUGUGCUGGAACAUCCUCGAAUGGAGCGCGUUUCAAGUUAAACUCGCCAAUUCCCGGAGCUGGUGCCUACGCGGUUGACGGUGUAGGUGGAGCUGCUGCAACUGGAGAUGGCGAUGUGAUGAUCCGUUUCAUGCCUAGCUUCUUUGUUGUUGAACAAAUGCGCCUUGGUACAAAGCCCUACAAGGCAACUCACAAAGCUAUCAAACGCAUACUUGAUUACUACCCUAAAUUUCAAGGUGCAGUUGUUGGAGUAAACUCAAAUGGCACUUAUGGGGCUGCUUGUGCUAAUAUGGAAAACUUCAUGUUCUCUAUUGGAGAAGCGAGUAAAACUCGAACUGAAUCUGUUGCUUGCAUAACAAGUAGUUCUCGCUCAGGAAGGCAGAAGAAGUCGAAAACGACCUAA